AUGGCCACCAAGUUGAGACCGAGCCGCCAUACUAUCCAUAUGCUUCUCAAAUCCCAGCGGAAGCUCAAAGAAUUGAACUUCCGCAUCAGGCCCGACGAGGCCUUCGCGGGCAAGGGGCCUCUUCCUAUCCGCACAACUGGUCCUUUGAUGGAACCUCCACUAAAUGACCUCACUGGACUAGCUGUAUAUGUUCAUUGCUAUCCGAAACUAGCGAAAAGCUCUUUUGAGUACUACCGCAAACUUCUCACAUACGUUCCCAAGCUGCAGACCUUGUCCAUAGAGGGCACGCUCUUUGAGAAUCGUCCACUCGACCGCCUGGACAUGCAUCACAUCCUACAGCAUGACAUAAAAGAGCCCAUUCUAACAAGUCUCACUUCCCUCCGUCUGAAGCUUAUUGACCUUGGAAUGAGCCACAAGGCGAUUUUCAGUAACAUCAGCUUUGCGAACCUUCGCACGUUGUCACUAAUUGGCUGCAAUGACAUGGCCCCAUUCUUGGGUGGCCUCCUGUUACAACGCGCCAACAGUGACGGCAGCUAUCUUUCCGAUUUCUCUGAGUUGGAGAUCUUCUUCCCUUCUAAUUCACUCCAUCCCGCCAACGACAUCCAGGCUGUCCAACACUUCCUCGAGACUGGUCCGAAGCUUGAAAAGCUCAUCGUGGACGUAUCACGCCACGCCUUGAUAAACAACAACGCUAUCAUUGCCCAGUCUAAUAAGCUGACUUUACUGCAACUGGGUACGGAUGAGGACAAGGCAGGGCGCUCAUAUGCAGUGGAAGACGUCAAAGCGAUUCUAGACGCUUGCACAGAGCUCGCAGACGUCGCCAUUGAUUUCCCUGCAGUGAACCUAGGUUCCCUUAUCGAUCUAGCUCAUGACUUAAGACUAGGAAGACCCCAAAACUGUCUCACACAUGUAGAGACUGAGUUCGAAGCCAUGCUCGCCGUACUCGCCCAGCACACCCCGCUUCACACCCUCCGCAUGUUGAACCUCCCAAAUUUCGGAGAGAUCGAAAUAGCACACAAAACCGACUCGCUCAGCGCUUCAGAACACCGACUAGCUCGCGUCCUGUACCAGAACUUCGCAACGGAGAUCAUGCGCUUCAUGGCGAAACGCGGUACCGCCCCCAUCUUUUUCGACACUCGACCUAGUAUCACCUACCAGCUCUUCGAUGAGUGUCUAUGGCCUGCGUAUCUGUUCAGUAAAGGGAUGAUAAAGAGUCGCUUGUGA